CUUUGAACACGCUCUAUGCAGGUUUGCACACCUAGUUGUUUUGACUACUGGCCGAACACCGCAAACUAUAAUGCGGCUGUUGUCGCUCAACAGCAACGGCGGCCUUGACUGGGCCGUCUUCAAGAAGGACAGGCUUCCCCCCUACGCCAUACUCUCACACACUUGGGGACCCGACGAGGAUGAGGUCACAUUUACUGAUCUGACCAGCGGACAAGCUCGGAAUAAGGCGGGCUAUCGCAAGAUCAUGUUCUGCGGCGAGCAGGCCGCUCGUGACGGGCUGCGGCACUUCUGGGUUGACAGUUGCUGCAUCGACAAGACGAACAGUGCUGAGCUCACAAAAGCAAUCAACUUGAUGUUUCGCUAUUAUCAAAGCUCAGAAAAGUGCUAUGUAUACCUUUCUGAUGUGUCUUCUUCUGCCAAUGAUGUAAGCCAGAGUGUUUGGGAGGAAGACUUUUGCAAGAGUAAAUGGUUCACGCGAGGUUGGACGCUCCAGGAGCUUCUUGCUCCUACUCAAGUUGAGUUCUACUCAUACCAGCAUCACCGCCUAGGCGAUAAAGAGUCUCUUGGCCAGCUUAUCCACAAGAUUACAAGAAUACCUAUAGAAGCAUUACAUGGAAAACCUUUGGACACCUUUAGUAUUAAGGACCGGAUGGAGUGGGCAUCAGGCCGCCAGACAACAGAGGACGAGGAUAGCGCAUACUGCUUACUUGGGAUCUUUAAUAUCUUUAUGCCACUUAUCUAUGGCGAAGGCAAGCACAACGCGCUUCGGCGACUGCAAAAAGAGCUUGAUAAUAUUCCUACUACAGUUGACACCCGCUUUAUUAUACCCUUUGAACGCAAUCCACAAUUCAUAGGUCGCGAGUCGCUCCUCGCGGACCUUGAUAGCAAGCUCUUUAUAGGUGAGCAAACAACCAAGACAGCCAUUGUCGGGCUUGGUGGGAUAGGCAAGACGCAGAUUGCCUUGGAGCUAGCCUAUCGGACAAAACAAAAAUACCAAAAUUGUGCGAUAUUCUGGAUUCCAGCAACGGAUUUGGACAGUCUCCACCAGGCAUAUCGAAAUAUCGCGCAGAAGCUCCGCAUACCAGGCUGGGAUGAGGAGAAGGCAGAUGUUAAGGAGCUAGUGCAAAUUUAUCUAAGUCAGGAAAAUAUCUGGCCGUGGUUAUGCAUUUUUGACAAUGCAGAUGAUAUGGGCAUGUGGAUCCAGCCGCCGGGAUCGGAGUCAGGACUUAAGCCAGGACUCAAGUCAGGCUCAAAGGGCUUGAAGGAAUACCUUCCGAAGAGCAAGCAGGGAUGCGUAUUAUUUACUACUCGCGACAAAAGGGUGGCUGUUAAGUUGGCAGGCCGGGAUAUAGUUGAGGUUCCGGAGCUGGACGAGGAGGGAGCAGCGCGGUUGCUUCAGAAUCUGCUCCUUAAUUCGUCAUAUCCUAGUGAUUACCAAGAUGCUAAGAUCCUGGUUCAAGAGCUCACUUACCUCCCACUGGCAAUUGUGCAGGCGACAGCAUAUAUUAAUGAGAAUACUACUACAUUAAAGGACUAUCUUUUGCUUCUAAAGGAGCAAGAGGAAAAUAUGAUUGAACUCCUUAGUGAAGAAUUUGAGGAUGAGUGGAGAUACCAGUCUACCAAGAACCCAGUGGCGGUAACAUGGCAGAUCUCAUUUGAGCGGGUUCGCAGUCAUGAUCCACUAGCAGCAGAAUAUCUAUCAUUUAUGGCUUGCAUGCACUGGAAGGAUAUUCCACACUCAGUCCUUCCAGAGGGGCCAUCGCGCAAGAAGGAGCUGGAAGCUCUCGGAACACUUAAGGCGUACUCAUUUAUUGUCCAGCGCGGUGAGAAGAUGACAUAUAACCUCCAUCGAUUGGUCCAUUUAGCGACUCGAAGCUGGUUACGGGAAAAAGGCAUACUUGCACAAUAUAAUCAGAAGGUGCUUAAGAGAUUGGAUGAAGAAUUCCCAAAGAAUAGUCAUGAAAACAGGACACAAUGGAGAAUAUUGUUACCACACGCAGCAUAUAUAUUACAAGAAGGCGUUAUUGAUCAAUAUGACAAUAGAAGACUUAGCGUAAUAUGGAAGUAUGCGAAGAGCCUGUAUAGCAUUGGACAGUAUAUUGAAGCUGAAAAAUCAUUUCAGGAGCUCUUGGAGAUAAGAAAUAAAGCGGAUAUAGGGGAGAGUGCUGAAGAAAGACUUUCCUGCAUGGGAUGGCUGGCGUUGACGUACAGAAAACAAGACCGAUGGAAGGAGGCGGAAGAGCUAGAGGUGCGAGUGAUGGAGACGAGCUUGAGGGUGCUUGGCGAGGAGCAUCCAGACACGCUGACCAGCAUGGCCAAUCUGGCGUCAACGUUUUGGAAUCAAGGCCGAUGGAAGGAGGCAGAGGUACUAGAGGUGCGAGUGAUGGAGACGAGAAAGAGGGUGUUUGGCGAGGAGCAUCCUUCCACGCUGACCAGCAUGGCCAAUUUGGCGUCGACGCACAAGAAUCAAGGCCGAUGGAAGGAGGCGGAGGAGCUAG